AUGAAGUAUGGUGACGUAAUUCAGGAUUUGGCUUCUAGGUCACACAAUUGGAAAUUCUAUGAUGAGAACUUCCGUUUUAUGAGACAGAGUCAGCCCGAGGCUUAUCCCUGGGGAACAGUUCAAUGGGAGUUGUGGCUUCGCUCUCAGGUGACCCCUCAGUCCUCUCAGUCCACGCCAGCCACCAGCCAGCCACAGGGUUCAAAGACACCCAAGUAUAAUACCAUCCCCAAGGGUUAUUGUUAUUGUCUUCAGAGAGAGAAGGAGUGUUCAGGUUGCGCAUACAAGCAUGUGUGUUUCAAAUGCAACGGAAAUCACGGUGGGCUGCAAUGCACUUUUCGUCCCUCAAAGAGACCAACCUCAGCCCCAUCCCAAGCAAAGCCACAACCUUCCCACACCAAUAAACGCUGAUCGUCUAAGGAAUUUUCUUGUUGGGUAUACACUGUCUACAGUAGAGUUUUUGUAUGCUGGGUUUACUAAGGCAUUUCCCCUACACUUUGAAGGUGAAUUCCUUUCUUUCGAGGCUGAGAACCAGUUAAGUGCUCGCGACCACCCAGAUGUUGUUUUUUCUAAAAUUAAAAAGGAAACAGAAGCUCUUCGCUUGGCGAGUCCAUUUGAAUCUCCACCUUUUACAGAAUUUCGUGUAUCCCCCCUAGGGGUAGUGCCUAAAAAAGUCCCGGGUGAGUUUAGGAUCAUCCACCACCUGUCCUUCCCUAGUGGUUCUUCAGUAAACGAUGGCAUCCUAUCUGCAAAUACAUCUGUUCAGUACGCCACCAUUGCAGAUGCAAUCAGCCUGAUUAGACAAUGUGGCAAAGGGUGUUUUUUGGCAAAAACUGACAUCAAAGAUGCCUUUCGCAUCAUUCCAAUUCAACCAUCCGACUACCCCUUAUUGGGCAUGAAGUGGACUGGACUUUACUACUACGACCGCUGCAUGCCCAUGGGCUGUUCCAGCUCAUGCAAGAUGUUUGAAACAUUCAGUUCGGCUCUCGAGUUGUUAGCUAAAACAAAGCUCCAGAUCUCUUCUAUUCUUCACUUAUUAGAUGACUUCUUGAUUGUUGCACCCACCGCAGAGCUUUGUAACAAACAAUUACAACUCUUUUUGGAUGUCUGUCAGUAUCUGGGCGUCCCUAUGGCGCCGGAAACGACUGUUGGCCCUUUGCCUAUUCUUUCUUUUGCAGGAAUUGAACUUCAUACGCAGUUGCAAUUAGCUUAUUUACCUAAAGACAAGUAAGAUAAAUGUACUGACUUAAUCUCCAAUCUCCUCCGGUGUAAGAAGGUCACCUUGGUGGAGCUGCAGUCUAGGAUAGGACUGUUGAACUUUGCGUGUUCUGUAAUUAUUCCUGGGAGAGCCUUUCUCUGGCGACUUAUUGACCUUACCAUAGGUGUUAAGGCAGCUCACCACAGAAUUCGUCUCACUUCUCAAGAAAAGGAGGAUUUGCGUGUCUAAUUAGAAUUUUUGAACAAUUUCAAUGGUAAAUCAUUUUUUCUGCAUGACGAGUGGUUGAAUUCUCAUAAGUUACAUUUGUACAUUGAUGCAGCGGGCUCGCUGGGUUUUGGGGCAAUUUUUGGCAACCACUGGUGCUUUGGUCAGUGGCCCUCCAAAUGGCAAGGGCGCAACAUUGCCUUCCUGGAAUUCUACCCUAUUGUUCUAAGCUUGUACCUAUGGGGUGAAGAGAUGCACAACAACUGUAUUUUGUUUUUCACCGAUAAUGAUGCCCUAGUGCACGUCAUUAACAAGCAGUCUUGCAAGGACAAACUGCUCAUGUUCUGUGUCCAAAAAUUAGUGGCUAUUUGCCUUAAGCACAACAUAUUUUUUCGUGCUAAACAUAUACCUGGUGUUUUUAACACUUUAGCCGACAGUUUGUCUCGUUUGCAGGUUCACACUUUCAGGAAGCUUGCUCCAGCACAGAUGGAUCUACAGCCGACUGCAAUUCCCCUUCAUCUCCAGCCUCAAAGCUGGCAGGUAUAAUCGGAGAUCUGCUUCAGUCCAGUCUACAGCCCUCUUCGCUGCCCACGUACAAAAGGGGGUGGUCGCUAUUUUACCAGUUUCACGGCUCCAUUUUCCCCAAUAGUUCUUCUUCUUUCCCUGUUUCACCCUCUAUUUUAGAUCUGUUCAUUGCAUAUUUAUAUGAUAAACAUUAUGCCUUUUCUACUGUCAAUAUUUAUGUGUCGGCUAUAGGUUAUUCGCAUGAGCUUGCAGGGGCUGAAGACCCGACAAAGGUCUUCUUUAUUUUACAGAUGCUUAAAGGGUACAACAAGAAAGGUUUCCAGCUCGAUAGCAGACUCCCUAUCACGUUACCUAUUCUGGAGCAUAUCAUGUCUUCCGCCUUCAGAACCACGCUUUCACGUUAUGAAGCAUACCUUUUUCGGGCAAUGUGUGGUAUUGCAUUUUUUGCCUUUUUG